UUAGUUUUUGACACUUUCGGUCCAGUAGAUGACCAAAAUUGUCCAAGAGUUGUUUGGUUUUUAGAUUUUGCUGAAUUAUCUAUUUUCUUCAUUUUUCUAAAUAUUAUAUUGAACAACUAUAGGAUAUGUUUAUCUUAUCUAAUCUUUAUCAAUAUAGUUUCAAUGCUAAGUAAUUGGAAUGUAAUUAUUCAUAAUUAAAACAAAAUGGCGCAAUGAAAUUUUCCGAAGUAAAUGAACAUUUUCUAUUUGAAAUGAAUCUGACAAUUCGUUUUUUUUUCUUUCUGUUCGAUCUGUUUAUUGAUAGGAUUGUUUGUAAAGACCAAUGAAGAUCGGUCCGGAAAAUGUUACGUUUGGCUGAUUUGUGAACUAGUACCCUCUAUCUUUUGAGAAGAAUAUGUUUGUGCAUGAAUGACUACAUAAGUAGGUAAAAUGAGCAUACAUAUUUCAACAAAAAUACUGAAUAAGAUUAAAAAAAUGAUGCAUAUUUUCAGAAUAUUUCUUUAAUAUUCACUCAAAUAUUUGUCUAGAGUAAAAUAGUAUUGCUUUUUUUCGAUGAAACAUGCGAUGUUUUCAUCUAUAAUAAUAAUACAUGGUUAUGUAACCAUACUAUUUUCUUUCGUUUAUCUCUCGAUUCUUUGUUAUUGUACUAGGCAUUCAUCAAACAGCAUAUACAUAUCGUGUGGAUAUGCAAACGAGUAUUAUUCUAUUCAUAUAUACACAACGGACAUAUGCAGUUUAUGAUGGCAACUCUAUGUUUCUUGUUGAUAGCUAGUUUUCAACUAGCAUUUAGUAAUCCAUUAUCACAAGUUUUUGGUGCACUGAAUAUUGAAACACCCUCAUAUGAUAUUGUAAUGAAAGGUGCUAACUAUGAAGUACGUCGUUAUCAUUCACAAUUAUGGGCACAAAUUGAUUUUACUGUUGAUCCGUCAACUGAUUUCGGUAAUAAAAUGUCUAUUGGAUUUCAACCACUUUUUCAAUAUAUAACAGGCAAAAAUGCAGCCGGACAAAAAAUUCCAAUGACUGCGCCAGUCAUUAUGCAACGACUAGAUUCAGAAUAUGGCCGUAGACGUAUGUCGUUUAUCAUGUCACCAAGCAAAUUUUCAACACUUGAUCAAUUACCUAAACCAAUAAAUGUUAAUGUAAAACUUGUGGCUGUUACUGAUCCAGUAGUGUUAGCUUGUAUUAGAUUUAAUAUGGGUCUUACAAGCAAACGAGUUGGUGAAAGAGAAAAAGAACUUCGAAAAGCAACUGCAAACGAUCGUAUUCAAUUAGUUAAUGAACGAGCAUUAGUUCGUGUUGCUAGUUAUAAUCCACCUUGGACAUUACCUUGGUUUCGCACAAAUGAUAUUUGUAUACCUCUUGUCAAUCAAGCUUAA